AUGAACUCUCAAAAAAGAGAAACUCCAGUCAACAAUCCAGGAGGAACAACUUACCACCAAGAAUAUGGCAAGGUCAGCAACAUGAUCGAAUGCAGUAAGAUGGCAAUCACUUACUACUCUGACUCUCCUGGCCUUGUUCCUUCUACACUACCACCCCCGCCUCUGAUUAAUUCAAAUGAUGUUCAUUUUGGAAACGGCGGGCUUCCCCCAGAAUGGGGGGUACGAAUCUCUGUCUGGACUGCAAUGAUACAUUACGGUCCUUGGACAGAUAGGCAACGUUCUGUCAUCCAAGACUAUUUCUUUCCAAGCUCGUAUCGAAAUAAUGUCCCGACUCCUCACCUUUUGCCUGGGCAACAACGUGCUGCAGCCAGCUUUGAUUUCCAUCUUGAGUUCAUGACAGAAGCUACUCUUAGAUUUCCGACUCGGGAAAGGUCAAAGGCAUAUUCUGAUGAUCUAGAUAUUGGUGCAGAUGGUUACUACACCCGUCCUUAUGGGUGGCUCGAUAUUAAGGCUGGAGCAGAUUCUUCUGUAAAAUUAAUUAUUCCUUAUGUCUUGGGGCAACAAGGGUGUGCGUCAACUCUUGACAUCAAUCUAAAAGAUGUAGAUGUGUCUACAAGUAUCAAUUAUGCUUCUUUUCUUCAAGCAAGUAAUUUCGAGAUGAAACUCUUAAUGAACUCUCCUCUCGAAUGGAAUGCACAUCGGGUGUGGGAAAUCAAGGCAUAUACAAACCGCCCCCGUAUUUUUCUUUUGAGAGAUCACAUAUUUCUUUUCCAAGACAUGCUCAAAGACCUAUCGUCAGAACCUCUAUCGGAUAUUCUUUAUUUUAUACCGACCACAUACAAAUUCCACCUUGACAUCAACGACCCGUUUAUAUAUCUUUGUGUGAAUGAGCAUAACAUUAUCAGCAAUCCCAAUGCAAUCGAUGACAACAGUAAGAUAUAUAUGUAG